CAUAAAAACAAAGCUGGACUAACUUCCGGUGCCUCUGGUUGUCAGCUGUUUCUGCCGGGUGUAAAGUUACAUUUCAAACUAUUUCUGAUUAAACAGGUUUACGGUGCAUGCUGGACCGGGAGAUACGAUGACGUCACGUUAACGAGCCUUCAGACUGAACCCGCGGAACAUUUCGGUCCGUUGCUCUUCCGGUAAGAUGAGCUGCGUGCCGCUGAAGAGACUCUACUCAGAGCUCCCGGUGUGGGUCGUGGAGGACCACCACGAUGUGGUGUGUCACAUUUAUCGAGCCAUCGCUACCAGACACCUCCCGCUGAAGAACAUAAAGAUGGUCCACCUGGACUCCCACCCAGACCUGCUCAUCCCUGUCAACAUGUGUGCAGACACCGUGUUUGAUAAGGACAAACUCUUCAGUGAGUUGAGUAUAGAGAACUGGAUCAUGCCCAUGGUGUACGCUGGUCACGUGUCCUGUGUGGCCUGGCUCCAUCCGUACUGGGCCCAGCAGAUCAGGGAGGGGGAGCACAGGAUGUCUGUGGGAAGAGACUCCUCCACCACCACCAUCAGGGUGACGAGCGUUGAUCACUACUUCCUGAGUGAUGGUCUGUAUGUGUGUGAGGAGCAGCUGGAGAACUCCAAACCUCUCCGACUGGACGUGGUCAAAGUGAACCCCGUCAGACCAGGUCACAGGUCUGUUACAGGACAGAAAGACGUGGACUCACAGAGACGGUUUGUGAAGAGACAGAAAACAGACGGCGAGGAGGCCGGCUGCUCUGAGUCCCUCCUCACAUGUACUGACACACUGCAGCCAGCAGGGGGCAGCACUGAGACGGGCCUGGGUGCUGAGGAUGAAGAUGAUGAUGAAGAAGGAUCUACCGGUUAUGUUGUGAAGAAAAUAUCUACAAUACUGAGUGAGACUGAGCCCUACAUCUUGGACAUCGACUUGGAUUUCUUCUCCUGUAAGAACCCCUUCAAAGAGUUAUACACACAGGAGGAGUACGACAUCCUGAAAGAGCUCUUCAGCUUCAGAGGACCUGGACCUGAUGCCAGUCAGGAGGAGCUGGAGGAGUGUGUGGAUCAUCGUGUCCAUCAGUUAGAGGACCUGGAGGCAGCGUUUGCUGAUCUGCUGGAGGAUGACGGAGAGGAGACGGUGACGCGCUGGGCGGGUAACCCGGGUUUGGCUUCAUUAGCUCAACUGGUUUCCAGUCUGAAGUCUCGAAACGUCAGCCCCGACUAUGAAAUGGUCCAUCAGGCCGGUCUCACCUGUGACUCGGUGGAGCUGCCUCACCACGUCAGCUCUGAGGACGAGAUCCACAGACUGGUCUCUGCUGUGCAGCUCAUUCUGAAGGAUCUGCCCAAACCUACGCUGGUUACCAUGUCCAGGUCCAGUCUGGAUGAGUACUGCCCUCUAGAGCAGGUGGACUCAGUCCAGAGCCGAGUACUGGCUGUGCUUGAGAGUCUGUAUGGACCUCUGGACCUGCACAAAGACUAUGAACACAGCAGCACAGAGACCAGAGCCUGCCAGCCUCAGGCCUCCUAACACACACACACACACACACACACACACACACACACACACACACGUACACACACACGUACACGUACACGUACACGCACACACACACACACAUACACACGCACACACGCACACACACACACACACACACAUACACACACACAUACACACAUACACACACACACACAUUCACGCACGCACACACACACAUACACAUACACAUACACACAUACAUACACACACACACACAUACACAUACACAUACACACACACACACGCUCUCACACACACACAUACGCACGCACGCACACACUCACGCACGCACACAUACACAUACACAUACACACAUACAUACACACACACACACAUACACAUACACACACACACGCUCUCACACACACACACGCACGCACGCACACACUCACGCACGCACACACACACAUACACACACUCUCACACGCACGCACGCACACACACACACAUACACACACACACAUACACACACAUACACACACACACUCUCACACACACACACACAUACACACACAUGCACGCACACACACACAUACACACACACACACAUACACACACAUACACUCUCUCACACACACACACAGACACACAAACACACACACUCUCAAACACACACACACACACACACGCACACCUACAGGAGAACACGUCAGAUGUUGCUCCCACAAAGCUUGAGGAAAAUGAAAACCACAUGUGGGACAGACGGAGCUUCUUUAAGGCGGUUGGUCCUGAUGACUGUGUGCGAUGUUUCUAUGGAGACGCAGGACUCUAAACAUGCACUGAAGAAAGCAGAGCACUGAGAGAUUACAGGUUUACACAUUUCAGACUUGACUACGAGUGGAGAUCGAGUUUUAAUAAACACUGUUUGAAAACCCAGUGAAGGCAGAGUUUUUCUAAGACUGUCCCGUCCCAGAAAUGUAUCCAGAUUUGUCUUUAUUACUCAGCUUGAUUUAUUUAAUUAUAACGUGAGUUCCUGUGUUUGUUUCUCGUCCUGAUUUAACCUCCUCUAAACCAGCAGCAGAUGUCUGCGUCCCAAGUAGAGAAGUUUCUCAUUCCUCAGCUGUUUUUAAUAUCUGAGACCACAACGUUCUGUAGCAACACAGAGAACCACAGCUUCACUGCAGCAGACGGGGAAAAAUGGAGGAUUGUAUUGUGAAAACUUCUUAGGAGGGUUUUUUUAAUGGUUACCCACUGAUUUUUGAAGUUAAAGUUAAGAAGAUGCAGAACCUAAAGGUCACAUAUUCUCCUCCGUUUCAGCCAGUUUAAAUAAGUGUCAGAGCUCCUCAAAACAUGUGUGUGAAGUUUCUUUCUAAAUCCACUCUGAUCCUGUAUUUGAUCAUGUCUAUAAACCCCUCUAUUUCAGCCCUGCUCAGAACAGGCUGUUUCUGUGUCUGUACCUUUAAAUAUGUAAAUGAGCUGUGUCUGACCACGCCCCCUCUCUGGAAGGGCUUGGGUGUACUCGGUGCUUUCUCGCUCCAUGUCCUAUUGUUUACAGUGAGAAGGCAGACUCAGAGGGCAGAACAAACACCUAGCUGUGGGAGUGUCACCCACCUGGGGGAGGGGCUACUGCCCUUUGUGAUGUCAUGAAGGGAAAAUCUCCAAACGGCCUGAUUGAGCACACAUUUUCUGAAAAGUGGAGCAGGCAAAAGACGGAGAGGAUGGACUGAACUCAUCAUUGGGGGGUUUGUAGGUGUAUUUUAAAUGCUCUUUCAAUCAUUGUUCUUUCUCUCCAGCUUGAUCGGGUUUUUCUAUGAAUUCCAGGAUUCUAAAGUUUUAAAAAUCUGUUUCUCAAAUAAAGUACAAGAAACAAUUCAACCAACCGA